CCCCCUACCACCCAAUGAGGGCCGGGGCGGUGCCGGCUGGUAUGGCAGCCCACGCGCCGCGGCGUUGAGUACCAAAGGUCACCGCCGCCAAUCCUGCCGCUGCCGCCGCCGCCGCCAUGGGCACCGUAUACGCUCGGAGUUUGGAGCCCCUUCCAAUGAGUGGGCCAGACUUUGGUGCCUUGGGAGAGGAAGCUGAGCUGGUUGAAGUUGAACCUGAAACAAAGCAGGAAAUUCUUGAAAACAAAGAUGUGGUUGUUCAGCAUGUACACUUCGAUGGACUUGGAAGGACCAAAGAUGACAUUAUCAUGUAUGAAAUCUCUGAUGUUUUCAAGGCUAAAAAUCUCAUUGAUGUAAUGAGAAAAUCACAUGAAGCUCGUGAAAAGUUGCUUCGUCUAGGAAUCUUUAGACAGGUAGAGGUUUUGAUUGAUACCUGUCAAGGAGAUGAUGCCCUUCCAAAUGGUUUAGAUGUAACCUUUGAGGUAACAGAAUUAAGAAGACUAACUGGAAGCUAUAACACUAUGGUUGGCAACAACGAAGGCAGUAUGGUACUUGGGCUCAAGUUCCCCAAUCUCUUUGGACGUGCAGAAAAGGUAACCUUCCAGUUCUCAUAUGGAACAAAGGAAACUUCAUAUGGCCUGUCAUUCUUCAAACCACAGCCUGGAAACUUUGAAAGAAAUUUUUCAGUUAACCUGUAUAAAGUAACUGGACAGUUCCCUUGGAGCUCUCUUCGUGAAACUGAUAGAGGAAUAUCAACAGAACUUAAUUUUCCAAUCUGGAAGACCAAUCACACACUGAAGUGGGAGGGUGUGUGGAGAGAGCUUGGAUGCCUUGGUAGAACAGCAUCCUUCUCUGUUCGAGAAGAAAGUGGACACUCUCUGAAAUCUUCCCUCUCUCAUGCCAUGGUAAUUGAUUCCCGGAACUCUACAAUCUUGCCAAAAAGAGGUGCUUUGCUGAAAAUUAAUCAGGAGCUGGCUGGCUAUACAGGUGGAGAUGUGAGAUUUCUGAAAGAAGAUUUUGAAUUUCAGUUAAAUAAGCAACUUCUCUGGGAUUCGGUUUUUUCGGCAUCACUUUGGGGUGGAGUGGUAGUACCUAUUGGAGACAAGCCAUCCAGUAUAGCUGAUAGGUUUUACCUUGGUGGACCAACAAGUGUGCGAGGGUUCAGUAUGUACAGCAUUGGACCCCAGAAUGAAGGUGAUUACUUGGGAGGAGAUGCCUACUGGGCUGGAGGCUUGCAUCUGUACACUCCUCUACCUUUCCGGCCUGGUCGGGGAGGUUUUGGAGACCUUUUCCGAACACAUUUCUUCCUCAAUGCUGGAAACCUCUGCAAUCUUAACUAUGGUGAUGGUCCCAGAGCUCACCUGCAGAAGCUGGCAGAGUAUAUCCGAUGGUCUUAUGGUGCCGGAAUAGUGCUCCGACUUGGAAACAUUGCUAGAUUGGAACUUAAUUACUGUUUCCCCAUGGGAGUACAGUCUGGUGACAGGAUAUGUGAUGGUGUUCAGUUUGGAGCAGGAAUCAGAUUCCUAUAAUAUAGAAAUGAUUUACAUCAGUAAUAUGAAGUUGAGCUCUGUAAUUGAAAUUAAGACUAUAAUACAGCUCGAUAUGGUCUAUUUUUUUCUUUAAAUACUGAUACACAUUUGAGUGAUUUACCUCAGACUCCACAAGAAACUAUAUUAAAAGAAUUAUGCUCUGAAGGUUCAUUGUACCUCUGAUUCUUAUCAAAGAUGGGAGAAUGUUCAUAAGAUUCUAGCUAUUUUAAUUUAUAGUUUUUACUUAGUAGUAGUUUCUUAAAAAGUUAGACAGUUGUGUUGGAAAUUGGUUCUUGAAUACAUUCGACAUGACUGUAAUUGUCAUUGGCCUGCAUAGCCUUCAGUCUUCCAACUGCAAGUCUCACAAGUGCUGGGAUGACCAAGUGCGUGUAUGGUCAGAGUGGAAAUUAAGGGGUAACAGUUUUUCUCCAUCUUCAAAAUGCAUCAAAAAUGAUACAAAAAAUAAUGGUAUUAAGUGAAGCAGAAUAUUCUGAUUCAAGUAUGUUUCACUACUGUAAAAUCAUCCAUAUGUAAAUGUGUCCUGUAAUCUGAAUUGCGUACUAUAAAUGCUCAAGUCCAGCUGCCUAGCAUAGUGAAUGCUAAAAUUCAAGAAUAACUUUGAAAGAUUUUCAACUCUGAGGAAGUUUUGAGUCUUUAAUAAUCAUAGCCAAGCCAUUGAUUUUGGGUCUUGCUGGUUAGAUCUUCUGUAGCAGUUGCAAAAACAGACAUCUGGAAGUGAUCACAUGAUGCUGCCUUGUUUGCUUUUGUGUCAGAGGCAUGCUUCACUACUACCUUUUUUAGAUGCUAAUCACAAAAGUGGCCUCUGAGACUGGAGUAAUUCACUAGUUCAGUCCUAAUGACUCAGCUUUGAAGAUAGUUUAGAUAGAUAGAUAGACCUACAUCAAUCUUUAGUUAUAAGAGAGUGAAUCUGUAAUCUACUUUUCCUGCAUCUAAAUUUACUUUUGCUGUUGUUGUUUUAGGCGUUGGAAAAGAUAAAAUUACAAUACAAAUAAUAUUCUGGGAGAGUAGAAUUUCCCAGCUUUGUCCAGUCUGUCCUUGACUCUAAAUCUCCUCAUGUAAUUGUCUAGCACUGGUUCUUGAGCAGAAGUAUACAAACUAUUAUACUCCCACUUUCUUCUAUCCAACUAAAGGCAUGGGUUCGCACAUACUGAGAAGCUGUGUGACUUUGCUGAAUGAUGUCAGGACUCAUGAAAUCUUGUUCCCAGUCAAGUUAGUGCUGGCAGGCACUCUGUUCUUUAAAGAGGCUACAGUUUUAUGCAUUGCUUUAGCAGUGGUAUAUAUUGCUAUUGUACUAAUACAGUGACUAAAUCUGUUCAUGUUGGUAACUCACUUUAUAAAAUACAAAGCCUAGAAACUGGUCUGUGUAGCUUUGCAGAGCUUCACUUGACUGAACAUCCUUCCCCUUUUUAUAAAGUUUAUCAACAGGAUCACAGAUGUUCGAAACAGAAAGUGUGAAUUACAGAAAUCAGAUCUACUUCAAAUACCAACAUUUAAUAUAAAGAUUUUUUUGUGUGUUUAUCUAACAGUGAGAGAAACACUCUGUAGCCAACAACUUAGGCUCAGGCGAGGAUCUCAGUGGAGUAGCAAUUUAUUCGCUAUUGCAGUGGCGGGCGUCCCACAAGCAGGAGCGUGCCUACUAGUCACACAGUAUGGCUUAUAUACUUUAUUUAUCGAUGGCCAGGACCCUCCCUUGUUUCCCUAUUGACUAGGUAAUCCAGAUUCACAGCCUAUCCGAUGCUUCAGAGACAAUACAUGGCCUUCAGUUGCCUGCCUGUUAAAUUUCAAAUUUCUUUUGACUUUUUUUACUGUUUGAAGUGGUAAUGUUUCUUCACUUAUCUGACUUAACUUGACACCGUGAUUUUCACCUAAUUGUUCUAAGGAGUCUGGUUGUCUGCAUUUUACAAGGUCGCCUGCUAAAUUUUCUUAUCACUGCAAGCAUAUCUCAAUACCGCGUUGCUUACCUUUAAACAAUGUUACUUUGCAAAAACAUUUUAUUCCCACAACAGCUCAUGUGGCAAAUACAUAUUUAACAAAGCAUUUCCGAUGAUUUUUUGUUGUUACAAGAUAAAAUAUGACGCUAUGUUAAGAAUGCCAACAAAUGUAACUGUUUUUUCUCCAGCACCAUCUACAUUUUGACAUACAAAAAUAUUUUUGGUGGGAAGAAUGGGAAUGUUUAGAUACUAAAAUACUGUUAGGAUUUUCUCCCAGGAGUUCUAAGUUUAUUUUGGUCAUGUUGAUAAAAUUAGAUGCAUUCUGAUACCCUAGGAACUCUGUUUUGUGCGCAUUGUUAUUAAAGUCUUCUCACAUUUAGUCUUUUAAUAUUGCGUGGGAGUCCUAAACUAGUAUCAGUUGUCCAUUCUAGAGGGCAAGGUAUCCUUCCUGAGUAGAAAUAGUCUUAAGUUGUGCACUAAGAAUCUAGCUUACAGUUAAGUUUUGGGAAAACUGUGAUCUAUACAAUAAAAUAAGGGAUGAAUGGGGAAAUUUUGUUGAAGGCUGAACAAACAAGCCUUUCAAGAACAUCUGCUGACAGACUAUGCUUUACUGAAUACCAUAGAAUUGCCAGUAAUAAUAAAGGGAGGAAAAUCCUGAGUCUUUAUCUGGGUCACUGUUUCCCUACCUGUAUUGCACUACAUUAAAAGAUAAUGUUUUCUUACAGCAUAUAACAAGUGCACAAAAAGGAAGGGAAUGCAUUCCAGACUCUGGAAGCAAUGUCUGAAUCACACUGUCACUUGUAUAGAAUAUUUUGAAAUGAAUAAUGUAUUCCCACUUGAAAUUUGUUGCAGAUGCUUAUAAUUAGGAUGGAUAAGAUAGAAAGUAGAAUCCCAGUAGAAUCUGCUCUAGCACUGAGCAAAAUCAGUGGCAGAAUGAAUCUGAAAUAAUUUUCUUCUUAGUUGAUUGCAUUUCUGGACAUAGAGUCUGGAAAAGGAUAAAAGGCAUAAGGAAGGUCUGCAGUAAUAACUGUGAUUCCAAAGGAUGGUAUUUGCUUAAAUGGAGUCUUGGAUAUUGGUUUACUUACUGAGUAAUUGAGAUGCCCUUGCUUUUAUAGCCUACUGUGCUGCACCUGAAGCUGGACCACAUGCCUGAGGAGCCUUUAGGUGUAUGUUAACAGCACUGAGGUGGCAGAUGCCAUCUGAAGGAGAGUUUCUUUGGCUGUGGUGUUUCUUCAGUGCCUACAUUUCUUUCUAUGGGCUAAAAAAGACCUGGAGGGGGGGGAAAGAGCACCUUCCUUAUAGUCAAGAAGUAGCAGGAGCUUCUGGGGACAAGGACUGUGCAGUCUUACUGCUGUAUUGAGGGCACCUCUGAGCCAGUGAGAGCAGAGAAAUGUGUCAAUAACAGGGCUAAUGUUUCUAUCACCAGUUCUAAGGCAGUGAUUUCUUGGAGCUGUUCCACCUGCAUAAAACAAAGUUGUGAACGUUCUUUAUGUUUGGGAGAGCUGGUGGCAUGAGGCAAUGCUAAUAAGUAAGCUGUUAGGCGGACUUUGGGGGAAGGUGGAUGAGGAAACAGGGAGGUUGUUUGAGUGUAGGGGUCAGGUUUGUUGUGAUAUUGAGAUCAAAACUGCAUUUGAUUUCAAAAAUACAAGCUUUAAAAAUAAAAUAGGAUGCCAAUUUAUAAUAUGGAAAUGUGCUUCAACAAAAGUAUGUUUGCUGUUGCCCUGUGCCUUUCUUAAUACAGGUCUGUACCUGUUGUUAGUGAAGAUCUCAGCAGAGAUGUAGCAACUAAUGUCUGAUACUCAGUGCCUUGCCAAAAUACCUAUUGAAUUUUGUAGAAAGUGCUGUUCCUGUCAUGUCCUUGGAGGGGAAUGUGCAGAAUUGUCCUUUCCCAUGUACAAUAAAAUAGACAGAAAAGCGAGUAUGGGUCAGACUGGGUCUCCCUUCCCUGGUGUGCAUGAGCAGUUACUUGAAUGAGAAAAUACUAAUUUGUAUUGAUGUUGCAGGGGGAAAAAAGCCUCAUUCCUUAAUGGGAAUAGUGAAGUUGGUCAUAUGCCUGGCAUAUUAUCUUGAAUUUUGUAUGGGAUAACAUAAGAAAAUAAUCUAAAAUUACAGAAUUUCAAUGCACAGGAUUGCAGUAUUUUUCUGCCAUUCUCAUCUCUUUAAAAGGCCUAGCGCCUGGCAGCCCCAGUGCUAACGAUAGAUUUGAGGAGGAUUUUUACACAAUUACUCUGCCAUGGGAAGGUUUUUGAAAUUGUGGAAUUUACUGUAUGAUUUAUGUCAUCAGUGCUAAAUUGCUGUUAGCAACUGCAGUGCUCUUGGUGAUAUUAACUUAAUUGGGACAAGACUUUAUGCAGAAUGUGGUCUGUGCAAGUCAGAGCACUCAGCUUCCUUCCAUUGUUAGAAAAUACAAACUGGUCUGCAGCUGUAGAGCUAAUGUAUGCAUGGAAUAAAUGGUCUUUGUAAAAAAUUUUCAACUAGAAUACAUAAUAUAAAUUAUUCUGAAGCAAAUCAGUAGCAUCAGUUAAGAGGCACAUUUCUACCUCAGUAGUGAACAAGUACCAUUAUUUAAAAAUAAAACCAAAAUAACAACAACAAAAAAAGCAUUUUCAAUCAUUUGGUAGACCAGAGAGAAAAAAUAAUAGCAUCUUGUGUCUAAAUUAUCUAUCAUCUGAGAAAAAUCAGUAUGCAUAUUAUUAUAAUAGAGGAAGACUGUAUGGAAUGAUUUUCUAUUUUGAAAAGCCAUGUGGUUCUGCUUUACUUCAGUAUGUGAAGAACUAUGAGAUCAUUGCCCCAUAUAUCCCAGGUCACCAUUACUUUGUGUGUGGGAAUAAAAAUGUUGUUUUUGCAGAGUUACAUUGUUUAAAGGUAAGGAAUGUGGUAUUGAUAUGCUUGCAGUGAUAAGAAAGCUUAACAGACAACCUUGUAAAAUGCAGACAACCAGAAUCUUUAGAGCAAUUAGGCGGAAAUCACUGGGUAAGAAACAUUACCACCUCAAAGAGUAUAAAAGUCAAAAGAAAUUUGACUUAAUAACAGGCCGACAACUGAAAGCCAUGUAUUGUCUCUGAAGCAUCGGAUAGGUUGUGAAUCUGGAUUACCCAGUCAACGGGGAAACAGGGGAGGGUCCCAGUCCUCGAGGAAAAAAAAAGUAUAUAAACUGUGUUAUGGAACUAGUAGGUGUGUUCUCCUGCUUGUGGGGCGCCUGCCAUUGCAAUCGCGAAUAAAUUACUACUUCACUGAGAUCCUCACCUGAGCCUAAGUUGUUGGCUACAGAGUGUUUCUCACAUGUGACACACCUAAUUACAGUAAUCUCGUUUUGAAUGGAGUAUCAAAUGCUAAAGUAGAGGAAGCAACAACAACAGCAAAAAACAUUGAAAGUCUUUUUUAUAGGCAAAAUGAGCAAAUGUCAAUCCAGACUUUUAAGUGUUCAGCAAAACGUUAAACCUAACAAUUCUGGGCUGAAAUUAAAAUAGAUUUUGAACUAGAUUUGGUCUUUCCAGUGUAAUGUUUUGUGAAAGACAUGUUUUCUUAAUGAAUAUACUCUCACAGGAAUCUCCUGACAAAAGAGGGUACCAGAGAGAAUUUUCUGGGUCAUAAACUGCUGGUAUCUCAUUCAGUGUGGAAGGUUUCAAUGAAUAAUGUAACUGGGCUGCCUUGGUACUCCUCUUUACACAGAACACACACUUCAAAUGGAAGGCCAUUCAACUCAUGCGGCAGCAGCUGUGUCACUUUGAAUGGCUAUCGGCCAGUUAAAUUAUUAAAGACUAACAAACACUUGAAAGUCCUCACAUAAGCUCUUCAUUUCCUAUUUAGAAGAGCACUGUUUGUUUGAACUUCUUGUUUUCUUUUUUUGAAGUGUAAUGUUGCCUUUGCCAUAGACACUCUCUUCUUGUCUCAAACAAUCCAGUUUCCUUUUAUUUUACAAUAGGUUGACAUACUUUUCCUACUUAGGCUGUAAAUUUAAACAUUUCUGUUAUAAACAUGUAGGAUAUCAAAGUGUGAGGCAAAUGGAUGUAUUUGUGUGGUUUUCUUUAAAUUAUUGAAAGAUAUUUGCACAUAAGUUGUUAAAUUUCAAGUGCUGUACUUAGGUUGGUUAAGAUUUGUAUGCUGUUUGGACUGUGUGUAUAGCUUGUGAACCAAUUUGUGUGCUUUCUUGGUUGGAGUUUGUACUUACAGAUUUUCAGAUUACAAUUUCAUAAAAACA